CGUUUUUGCUUUUAGUGCACUAAAAUUUCUAUUAUUUCCUCAAAUGUGAGGUUUAAUUUGGUUAACUAUUUAUAUACAUAAUGGGAAACGCAGGUAGUAAUCAUCCCAAAGAAUGGCAUAAAGAUGCUGCAGCCAAACCAAUAGGCGCUGGUCCUUCUUCCCCAACCAAAGAAGGCGAGGCUUUUACGUUUGACAAAAAGGUAGACGACGAUCGAAGUGGCAGAGAUGACGACAAUAACAUUGAGGAUGGGGCUCCUUAUUAUACCAAGGCCGUGCCUGAGAGCGAGGAAGAAUUCGGUGUUAUGCGUGAACGAUCGAACACGUUGACUGAAGGAAGUAAAUCUACGGACGAAUCGAAAGUAUUGCCCACUGUGUUUAGAUGGGAAGGUGGUGGUAAACAGGUUUUCAUUAGUGGAACAUUUACUGACUGGAAGACAAUUCCUAUGGUGAAGAGUCAUGGAGAUUUUGUGACCAUAAUAGACCUCCCAGAAGGCGAACACCAGUACAAGUAUUUUGUGGAUGGAGAGUGGCGCAAUGACCCUACAGUGAAAUUAGUUGACAAUGGCAUGGGAUCCAAGAAUAACUUGGUAAAGGUGAAGUUGUCCGACUUUGAGGUGUUCCAAGCUCUGGCCAAGGACAGUGAAGGAGUACACAGCAGCGCCCAGACUGAGUAUUCACAGGAAAUUCCACAAGCUAAACCAUGGGAGAAGGUAUCAGGGCCACCAAUAUUGCCGCCUCACCUAUUACAAGUCAUAUUGAACAAAGAUACACCACUUUCAUGUGAACCAACUCUCCUACCAGAACCAAACCACGUGAUGUUGAACCAUCUAUACGCGCUGUCAAUCAAAGAUGGAGUCAUGGUCCUAUCUGCGACCCAUAGGUACAGGAAGAAAUAUGUUACCACCCUUCUGUAUAAGCCAAUAUAGGUCACGGUGCCAUGCUAGUUAUAAAGGUGAAAGACCCACAUAGACCGAUCAAUUUUGUUAGCAAUAUAAUAUAAUCCCCUUCACUGCCGGCGGCCCGCUAGGAGGGUUCUCUGUUCUAGGCGAUUUUUACAUAUGGGUUUUCCCGUGUAGGUUGCCAACGUCGAGCUGGUAGUGAAUCCGUUAAGGCUUGGCCACAUUUUGAGACCCGAACAUCUAGGCGUCACAAGACGUCUGAGACGUUAUACGCGUCUUGAUAAGUCAUGUGUAAGAAAUUUGAUCGUCAAUGUGGGUCUAAGGUUGUAACCCUACCCUAGUACAUGUAUGUACAGGUAUGUAUAGUGGAACAAUUUGACUUAAGACCGGAAUAACAGUGUGAAUAGAAGGCCCAAAGUUGGACCGACAAUCUGGUUAAGAUCGCAGAAUAGCUGAUAUGAUAUUUUUAUUUAUUUAAAGUUUAUCGUACAAUGUACAAAUGGGAGACUUGAUGCCUAGAGGCAUUCUCUACCAGUCAAAUAUUUAUUUAGAACUACUUAUUGCGAACAACUGAAGGACAUAAUAAACUACAUAUAAAAUACACAAAUAACAAGACUAUUGAUACAAGUGUGAACAGUAGGAAAUUCGCAACGAGGGGCGAUGGCAAAUUUUAAAAUACGACCGAUAGGAGUGCUUUCCAAUCGCCACGAGUUGCGAAUUAGGUACCUAUUCGCAACUGUAUCAUACGACGUUUUACAGUACAUAUGGCCCUUUAAAUUUUCGACGUAGUUACGUAAUGUGCUUAUUAUAGCACCCGGUGUCGUAAUGUAGCACUUGGUGUGAUGUGAAAAUUAUUAAUAUACUACUACAUACCUAUUUCAUAUACUUUUGUGUCAGAGUCAAAUUGUUUGAAUAUACAUGCCUUAUCGAUUUGUUCAGGAGUGUGCCUAGGUAAAUAUAAUAUUGUUAUUUAGGUUUUAGCAACUAGACAUUUACCCUUCACGCGAAAUGUACUAACAGUAUUCUUGUCAUUGUUUUAGCGUUUUUGCAUUGGCAAAAACUUAGCCACAGUUCGCUAAUAAGUCAUGAAUAAAGCAAUAUUUAAAAUAGAUGGCUUGGUCGGACUUCCUCUAACCGAAAUGGAGGAAUUUAGGGUUAUGUAAAACGCACAUGCUAUUUUUGUCCGUUUAUCGCAUUGGCAACGGGUGAAAUGAUUAACCGUUUGACUGCCAAGGGGCUAUUCAUAAAUUACGUCAUAUAAAAUUAGGAGGGGGGGGGGGGGGUCUGGACAUCGGAUGGUAGCAUGACGUAGGAGGAAACGGGGUCAUUCGAACAUGAUUUUGGAUGUCAUGUCAAAAAUCGUCAAAAAACGAUGACGUAAUUUAUGGACAGCCCCCAACGACGUCAUUCCACGUCGACGAAGAAAGGUUAUUGUGUCCAGUGUGUAGAGAAAUACCGAAAUAUGCAUAAUGCUUAAAUAAAAUCUUACAGGUACGAGUAUGCUGUUGUAUGUAGCUUUGAUUUCUAACUCGUAAGUUUUUAUAAAAAAUAUUAGAAAGUCAUAUUUGUUGCUUAUUGAUCAGUGAUAGACUCCGACCACGCUAGGUUUGCACUGAAUGGGCGGCGACAAUGUAUGUAAAUAUCAAAUAAUUAACGCCAUAGCUACUCGAAGCACCUGCCAUAAAAACAUAGCGUGGUCCGAUUUCACUCAUAGAUAGAUGGAAAAUAAUGGCUUGGAAAACGGUUUUAUGUCGGCGUGAUAUGACGUCGUUUGUAGUUAAAAGGGUUAGCAAAAUAAGGAAGUGAUGUAUAUACAUACAUAUAAAGACCAUGAAUAAAAUUCCAUUGUCAAAAUAUUAAGUGUGAUGUGCCUCAACGAAGCCCAAAUGAUGUCUCCCAAGAUAGUUUAUAAUGUAAGAAAUUCUAUUUAAUGAUUACUUACUUAAGUAUGAAAUAAAUUAUGCGCGUCGGU